AUGGCGAUCGAUCUUGAUUCCGACCGAGAAGCAUUGAUAGAUAGAGAGGGCACAGCGUCUAACCACGCUCACGAGUCUGUUUUCACGUAUCCAAAGCGGAGUAUACUGUACAAACGAAUCCCCCGAUUCAUCGGCACUGUCACUUUCUUAUCUUUGGUCGUUGUGACUCUCAAAUUCUAUGCAGAUGCGGGCAACAUAUCGGAUCGCAGGAAGACGGGCUUCAAUGUCAUCAUCACGAUCUUAAGUUUGUUUCUGGGUCUCAACUUUUUCGAAGUGUUCAAGGACAUGGCCAGAAUCUAUCGCUGGAGAGUCUUGACCAAGAUAUCCUUCAACCUCCGAGAGUUUGUCCUCAUACUAGACGGAGAAAACCUAAUGAACCUUCUGCGCCUCAUGCGGGAGUCACGGACAAGGCCCUUUAUAGUCUUCGCCUGCUUAGCAUGGAUCGCACUAAAUCUCCUGGCUCAAGGCUCCAUUGCCUUAAUCAACCUCACCUACGACGUGGAUGGCGGCAACGAUGCCACCGGUACGAUCUUCAGACCAGGUAUGGUUUUAGUGCCGAAGCUGGACUGUUACUACAACUACGAAGACCUCUGCCCCAUAUUUGAGGAGGCACCUCAGGUUUUAGCCCAUUCAUUCGGCGAAGCUAUCACUAGCCAACCUUCUUGCAACUACACAAGUACGGCCAGCAUCUUGGAUUAUACACGGGAGUGCUACUAUUUCCGUCGUCAUGAUCGGCAAGAGUAUGCUUUCCGCUAUUCUGAACACAAUCCUAAUGAUAAAGCGCGGGCGUACCCGUAUCUCACAGACAGGAUUAUCACAGCCUCGCCAGGAGGUUGUCGUGAACUCAACAUCACGAAAACUUCCAGAGUCGAUGACCCUGAUGGCAGGGGGGCAGUCACGAGAUUCGAACUUUCCAAUAGCCCUUACAGCUCCAACAUCACUGUAAACAAUGCACACCUCGCGCAUGAUGCCACUACUUACAUAUAUCAAGGCUUUAAAAUUCCCCAGCAUGCUACAAUAUUCGACUGCGGUGACCGAUGCAUGGUCAUAUAUGCUCUGCGGCAGCGGGGCGGAGUCAGGAAAGAGCCUGAUCGAGUAUUUGAAUGUACCAUUACCAUAAGUAGUGUGACUAACGUCAGCGAUCCCGUUUUUCUAGAGCACCAUGUUCCCGAUGAUAUCGCGCGCUUGGCAGCCGCCAGUAUAGCGUUACAGGGACGGUAUCAGAAUCCCUUUAGGGAUGAAACGAAAAGGUGGUGGCAAUCUCAAUUAUACCCAUGGGCCUCGAAGUGGGAAACGGACGGGCUCUCUGCUCAAGAAAUAGGUGGUCUCAUCUCCGAAUUCGCUAUCGGCUCCCUCGCUACUAUGGCUCACCUCAACCCGACCACAACCAUGCCUGGCACCUUGCCGAUUUUGGCCUCUCGGGUCAGAGUCACCUGGUGGGGCAUCAUUAGUCUCGCUGUAUGUAUCGCUUCCACACAUGCCUUGCUAGUCUUGGUGAUGCUCUGGGUGUCGAAGGCGGUUAUUGUCCCAGAUGACGGCAGCCUGGUUAUUGACAUGUUAUUGAAGAGCGCGGCAGGACGACUGGGUGCUAGUAGGAGUUUGGGGGGCGGGGAAAGGAUCGCACUGGCUAUUCAUGGGGGCCGAGAGGGCGAGAGUAAGGAAACAAUCGAGCUGGCGGUUAUUCCAAACAAGGGAGCUCACAGCAGCAGAGAGGAAUCCUCCCAAGCAACUCGCCCAAGGGAGGCUGACCCUAGUCGGAGAGUAGCGUAUCGGAUCGUGCGUGACGAGGCAGGCAUAUUUGAUUGUGAGAUAGACGAGAGUUUAUCAGGAAGAGACAGCCACGGAGGGCAGGAGUCUGCCUGA